UUACCAUCCCUAGUGUGCAAAGACUACCCAGCGCGUCAUCGCAAGUAGUUAAUCAGCGCAGCCCAGUGAAUUUUCAGUUAAAAUUCUUUUUAUGGUGACAGACAAUUUCAGUUGGUGAAAACAGUUUUUUGAUGGAUGCGACUGUACCAAUGCGUCAUUCAUUCGUAGGCAUUCAUAGCGAGCAGACGUGCUAGUGCAUAAUUUGAAAUUUAAUUCAGUCGUGUUAGUUUGUGUAUAUGUGAAUUUUGUAGUGUUCAUGAAAAUAAUAUUUGAGAAUAUAUACGUGUAUAUGUGUUUGUAGUGAAAAGUGGGUUUUCGGGAAUAUACGUAAAACUGCCGUAGUAGGCUUUGGCAUAUGUGUAUUUCAGAAGUGGGAUGAAUCUGAGUGCUAAAAGUAUACGUGAACGCAUAAACGCAUGUAAAGUUGUUCAAAUAAGAAAAGUAUAGCCAUAAAUGUGCAGGAGCCCUAGCGCUCCGACGUUCCCAUUACGUGCAAGCAAGCGGCGAUUCAGCAGUUACAUUUAAAAGGCUAAUUUGACAAUGAGUGCGAAAGAAUCAGUCAUGUAAUCAGGCAAAACCAAUCAACGUCAACUAAAACGAAGCAUCGAGGUGAAAUGGAAAGCUAUCACAUUUAUGUAAAUAUGUAUCUACGAUCUGCAGCGACAACGAACCACUAAACGAUCAACGAAAAGAGGAAGCAAUGUUAAACGAUAACAGCGAACGAGCAACGUUAUAUAACGAGAAACGAAUUUUAAAAUAAACGAGUACCAACGAAAUAACAAAAACGAAAGGAAACGAAACGAAAAUCAACGAGUUGUGAUUUGUAGUCAAAACAAAUCUAAAACAUAAGAACGAGUGAACAUAUGGUAAACGAGAAGUUACAAUAGACAUUAAAAACGAAACUGAUAUAAAUCUACGAUACAAAUAUAAAAAUCGUACAAUAUUGUCAAUGCUGUUACCGACGAAUUCUACCGAUAAAAAAUGGGACGAAAACAUACGCUGUGUACAGUGGUGCAUAAACACGAUGAAGAACAGUACCACGGGUUGCACUCCUCAUGAGUUGUUAUAUGGGUAUAAACCACGUGAUAUUUUACGCAACAGAAUUAUUCUUAGUUUACAAGCAAACGAUGAAGCAUUAGAUGGAAUACAAUUAACGAAUCUUCGUGAAACGGCAGCCAAACGAAUUAACGAAACACGGGCAGCUGCGAAAUCUCGUUUUAACGCAAAGCAUCGAUCUCCGAGUAUUUUCCAAGAAGGUGACUUAGUCUUAGCUGAAAAUGAACCACCGAGUACAGGCACGUCAAGAAAACUCGAGCCACGGUUCAAAGGACCAUUCGUAGUUACCAAAGUUCUUGAUCACGAUCGUUAUGUGGUCGAAGAUCUUCCCCAAACUCGACGAACUAGAAAACAUUAUUCUUCUGUUUAUUCAAUCGACAAGUUAAAACGCCGGUGUCAAUUACCAGAAGAUAACGAUGCCGAAGAAGAAGAUAUCGACAACAACGAAUUGAUCGGGGUCGCUCAAGUUGGUCAGGAAAGGCCGACUGUAAACGAAUGACCACCCUGUGGCAAAUCAAUGACCAUCGAGCAGUCAGCAUUCAGCAGUCAUCAAAGAUCGACAUCCUGAUGGGAACGUUGCUUUAACUAGCAGCACUUAUUUUUGUUCUUUAUAUAUAUAUCAAUAAAGAUAUCGCAAUCAAUAAAGUUAAAAA